UGUAUACAAGGUGAUCAAAGUACAAAGUAUACCGACUGAUAAUACAGAGAAGUCAUUGGUGUCAACUUGUGGAUAGGACGUGCAGGAAUGAGCUCUAGCCACCCACCGGUGCAUUAUGUAAUUGCUGCAUAUAUACGACGUUUAGCAUAUACCUACGGAACUUUAAGCCUAAGUAUACUUAAUAAGUUACUACACCCAUUAAGCUUAAUAGUUAUAUACACACGCCUCCGUUCGGACAUUUUAUCUUCAACGCUAUGUCCAGGAGCGCAAUGAAGAGAGAACUUCGCAAAGAAAUGGCAUGAGUUAGUAUGCAUUUUCUAGCUCAUUUGGUGGUAUUUGUACAUUGCCACUAGAGAGGAAGGAUUAUGGAGAAAUAAUUGCGUUUAGUUGGAUCAUCCGAUGUCCAGAUCAGGCCUAUAUACUCUGAAAAACGCGAGUCAUAUACUUAAACUUAAACCUAAACUGGGAAACUAUAUCUGAAGUAGAGGCGCCAUAUCGGUAUGGGACUAGGAGGAAAUGAGAAAAACCAUGAGGCGCCGCCGCCGGAAGAGGCGGAAAGAAAUGUUGGAGGAGAUGGAGGCAACGGCGACUCCUCAACGUCCCCGGGGAAUGACAAGACCAAAACGGGUUCGGACACUAGAUCAAUGAGCGUAUCUGGUGAAUCGCUCUAUGCUCUACUGAAUUUGAAGAAGGGGGCAACAGAGGAGGAGAUCAAGAAAGCAUACAGAAAGCAAGCAUUAAAGUACCACCCGGACAAAAACAGGGAUGACCCCACUGCAGAAGACAAGUUUAAAGAGAUCAACCGUGCGCACAAAGUACUGAUGGAUGAGAAGAAGAGGAAAAUCUACGACGAAUAUGGGUCGAUGGGGCUUUACAUUGCAGACACAGUUGGCGAUGAUUAUGUGGGACUCUACUUUAUGUUCGAUAGCAAAUGCUUCAAGAUCACUUCAGUAAUAUGCUGCAUAGUUACAGGUUGUUGUUGUUGUUGCUGUUGUUUCUUUUGUUUCUGUGGUUGCUGUGGAUUAUGUAGUAAGUGUCGACCGUCAGACGAUGAUGAUGAUGUCUCGGAUGUAGAGGGCUCUGAUGAAGAGGAUGACAGGCCCAUUAGUACACAGCCUCAAGCUGCGCAGGGAGUGGAGAAUGUCGUAUUCGCUAUGCCUGAUUCGUAAUCCACGGACAUAAAUAUAUAGUUAUACACCAGUGAAAUCACCAUACUCUGUAAAAACUGUGGUGUUAAAAGCUGACACCAGUUGGUGAAUAGAGGACCCCACCCUGAGGUGUUAAAAUUCCCCCUAGAGAUUGAACAUUACACCAAAGAGUGUAAAUGUAACAACCAAAUGUGUUGAAAAUAACACCUAUAGGUGUUAAGCUAACACUGUCGAUCUAACACCGGUUAAUAGAUGUGGUCCUUUAUGUGCACCUGUUAACACCACAGCUUUUGCUUUGUAUAUACUAUUUCUAUCUAUACUGUAAAAUGUUUCUCAAUUCUGACUUGAGAAUGACCUUGUUGCACUGCAAAAACUCUGGUGUUGAUUUAACACCGGCCGGAAUCUAUAUAUGUCCACACCAGAGAAGUGUUAAACAACACCAAUUCGUUUGGUUGAACACCAGAUCGGUGUUUAUACAACACUAAUUAGUAUUAAAACAGCGUCGGUUCGAUUCUAAACUGGUGUUGUUUUAAUAUUUCUCUGGUGAGGACAUAAUAGAUUCCGGGCUGGUGUUAAAUCAAAAUCGGAGUUUUGCAGUGUACAAGGAGGCACUGCAUGGGCAGGGGGUGAUUACCCUUGAUGCGAGUUUUUGUUUGAAGGACCUAUAGUGAAUGAUAAAACAGUAAACGGGAUACAGUGGCCCGUAUUCUGAAGUCAGGUUUAACUUAGAUCAUGGUCUAACUCUGUGUUAAAAUUAUGG